AUGUUGUUAUCAGACUUGUCAAAUGCACUUUUGAGAGAUAUCCGUAAUCUGGUAGAUUAUGCCGAUGAUUAUAAUGUUUCCAUUCAAGUAGGUGAAGAGCCUGCGAUGGAGGUUUUUCGGGCUCACUCCGUUAUCCUUCGAGCCAGAUCACCUUAUUUUCGCAUUGCACUAUCGGCAAAGUGGGCAACGAAAAAGGAUGGUUUUGUCAUUUAUAAGAAACCUAAUAUCUCUCCAAGAGUGUUUAAGGAUGUUUUGAGAUAUAUAUAUACUGGUAUUGUUGAUUUGGAUAAAGAGGUUAAAGAAGAAUUGCUCGAACUGUUGGUUGCCGCUGAUGAGCUUGUAUUAGAAGAAUUGGUGGAAUAUGUUCAAGAUCACAUAAUUCAUAAUGAGAGUGAAUGGCUUCGUCGCAAUAUAGUCCACGUCCACCAAACGUCAACUCGUCACAAGUCGUGCGGAAAAUUAAAAGCUUAUUGUGAAGAAAGAAUUUGUGAAGAUGCUUCUUUGAUAUUUCAAUCUGAUGAUUUUGUGUCUCUGGAGGGCACAAGUCUCAUCAGUCUUUUGAAACGGGAUGACUUGGGAAUGGAGGAAAUUCAGAUUUGGGAUUACGUGAUCAAGUGGGCAUCAGCACAAAAUCCCGAAGUCAGUUCUAAUGCAUCCGAAUGGUCGAGCAAAGAUGUCGCUGCAAUGAAGCGAACUCUGCAAGAAUGCAUACCGCACAUUAGAUUUUUCCAAAUUUCGUCGACCGAUUAUUAUUACAAAGUGAGACCAUAUAAGAAAUUGCUACCGCAUGAUCUGAAAGAAAACCUUAAACUUUAUUACAUGGUACCCAAGAGUGAACCAGACUUGGAGAUAUUACCUCCUCGAAAAUCAGCACGUCUUCCGGACUCAAUAAUUAUUACCGCGCAACAUGCUGCUUUGAUUUCAAGUUGGAUCGAUCGGAGAGAAACAUCAAAUGAACCGUUAGAAUUCGGCGGAAUUCCGUACGAAUUCAAAUUAAUCGCACGCGGAAGUCGUGAUGGAUUUUCCCGGCAAACUUUCAAAAAUCGAUGUGAUAAACAAGGACCCACGGUGGUGGUAAUUAAGGGCAAUGGAUUGUCACCAAGGACAGCUUUAUAUUUUCAUUGGGCACUGGACAUGAUACUAAGAAAGAAGCCAUUAUUAGCCGUGUCGUCAAUCCCGAGCAAGCAAUACGCGAUUGUGCUGCAAACUAUGAUUGUGUUGGAUUUGGGUGUGGGGACCUACACAUUAUCGAGGGUUCUUGCACGAAGAAGGAUUAUGAACGUGAGAUUAUCGAUACUUCAAGUUUCCCUAUCGAGGAUAUUGAAGUUUUUCAAGUUGUCAGGAAGAAUUCAUGAUUCCAUAAGACGAAUCUGGUACGAUAUUGAAGGUCUAAAGCUGAUACCGAUUGAGAGAAUCCUUAUUGUUUAA